UUUUGAUCCAUGUCCUCAGCUUUAGCUCUAGUUCAAAUGUAUUUUGUUCAGAAAACUGGAAGUCCUGUGCCCUUGUUAAAAUCUUACUGUAGUAGUUUGUGCCAUGAUUUCCCCAUCUGUUAAAUGGGGAAAACCUCUUACCAGAAAGCUCUUUGGAAGGUUAUAUGAUAUUGCUCUUUCUAUAUAGGAAGAAUUAGAUGUCUUUAUUACCUGUUUAUUAUUUUGUCUUUGAAUCGGGAGAUAAAUGUAUUUUUCUGGCCUAAGCACAAGUUCAGUGUGAACUUGCCCUGGAAGUCUCUGGACUGGGGCUUAACUCUUCAUCGCUGUAUGAAGUAGUGCUGUUGUGUUAUCCCCAAGGUCUGGAGUAUUCUUAUCCAGGGUUUUGGUUUAGACCCAUCUUCAGUCUCUACGAUUCCUAAGCAACUACAAUAAAAAUAUUUUUAUUCUUUUUGUUCUUGGGUAGCCUCCAGAAAAGGAAUGAAACCUUGCUACUAAAGCGAACACCAGAAGUCAUUGUUUCAUUUUGAUUUUUUUUCUUUUUUUUUUUUGGUCGUUUACAAAUCUGGGUGUAAUGCAGAGACGUUAUUCUAGUCUAAACUCUGGGCAUUCCUUGGAGAAAGCAGGUCACGUGCCCUGAUUAGACUUCUCCCUUCUCUGCCAGUGCCCAGAGACUAGCAGCGUGCUGGGAAGAGGCAUUUCCCAGGAGAGUGUUACCCUUGCGUGCUAGCUCGCUGCCUUCUCUCGCCAUGGAAGACUAUCAGCAUCAGCUGCUGAUGGUUACUGGGGGACUGAUCUGUUUCUGCGCUCUGGUAAAAUGCAUCAGAUUUAUGAAAUAUGUUUUGCCAUAUACCUGGAGUGCUUUGCCUCAGGCUUUUUUUCGGUCGCUGGGAGAAUGGGCAGUGGUCACAGGAGCAGGAGAUGGGCUUGGAAAAGCAUAUUCAUUUGAGCUGGCAAAACGUGGGUUAAAUGUAGUUAUGAUAAGCAGAACUCUUGAAAAACUGCAGAGAGUAGCCACUGAAAUCGAGCAGGCCACAGGUCAAAAGGUGAAGGUUAUACAAGCUGAUUUCACUAGAAAUUCAGUAUACGAGAACAUUGAAAAAGGUCUGCAAGGCUUGGAAAUUGGUGUUUUGGUUAACAAUGUUGGAAUGCUUCAUAAUCCUCUCCCAUGCCGUUUCCUUAAUGCACCAGACGUAGAUGAGAACCUUGUGAACUGCAACAUUAUUUCUGCUACAAAGAUGACACAAAUAAUUUUGAAACAAAUGGAACCAAGACAGAAGGGUCUUAUUCUGAAUCUGUCAUCUGGUCUGGGUACUUUUCCCUGUCCAUUAUACACAAUGUACUCAGCUUCUAAGGCUUUUAUAUGCACUUUCUCCAAAGCACUACAAGCAGAGUACAGGGCAAAGGGAAUUAUCAUACAGGUAGUGGCUCCUUAUGGUGUUUCUACUCCAAUGACCAUGCACCAAAAACCUGGUCUUAUUACAAAGACGGCAGAAGAGUUUGUUAGUGAAUCACUGGAUUAUGUUACUUUUGGAGAUGAGAUUUUUGGAUGUUUAGCCCAUGAAAUACUGGCCUGUGUCCUGCGGCUUGUUCCUUUAUGGGUAUUCCACAGUGACAGGCUUCAAGAAGCAGUCCUGCAUCUGUUCACCAGUUAUCUGAAGAAAAGGUGGAGGAAGCCCUGACGUCAUUUUCUUUCUUCCCAUUUUUUUUUUUUUUUGGAAGAUGUGCAAUAGGAAACCCCGGCAGGAUACAUUUUAAUGUGGCUGUGUGUGUGAAUGUGGAAGGAAUCAAAUCAGUUGGAGGCAUAACUCCACCCAAAUCACCAAUCCAGUGAUCAGUGACUGGAUCCAAUGAAUCUAUUAAGCAAAAUAAUUACUGUCCUUUUCCAGCAAUUUCUGGGCUUUAGAUAGGUUCUAAGAAAUGCUGCUGCUGCUACUAUUUUGAUAUAAGCUUGGAGGCCACAGAUAUUUAUGCUUAUUUGUUGUUCACAAAUAAAACAACAAUUUGCUUUAUUCC